AAUUGUUAUUCCUGGGCUCUUGCUCCAUAAGAAUUCAUUGACUUGAAGCUGAUGUUGCAAACUCCAGCUCUCCUGUGAGAAAAUGAGCUCAAAAUGUUUCAUUUUGGUUCUGUAAACCAGGCUAUCACACUGUAGCAUAACUGAUUAUACUGCAAGGGAGUGAAUGGAAUUUGUAGGCAUGAACAGGGAGAGAAGAGCUCACUUGUAACUACUGCUGACAUCCAACUUCAAACUGUCUACUGGACACAUUAAACUCCACUACUUUUGUUAUUAUGUCAAAACUCCAGGAAAAACAAACUUUUAAAUGCUAUCUGAACUGGAUUGGGCUCCCUGCUUCUGAAUUACCUGAUCAGCACUGGCAGCCUAAAGUAGCUUAAAAGAGCCUGUGUUUGUCAAGAGAAGAACCUUGGCUUGCUUUGGCCUUCUCCCAGAUACACUUCAGUGACAGGGGGACUGCAGUGGAAAAAUACUCCUAAGCCUUUCUUGGGAGGCUGUGUCUCCUGGGACACCCAGCUGAGAUGCAGAAGUCAGCGAAGUGUCAAACUGAGUUAACUCUGUGGUGCUCUGGACAUGUGCUGUGAAGGACACCAUGCACAUCACCACCUCAGUGACUUGUGCCCUGACUCUGCCAGUUCCUGGACCUCACAGAAAGGUGGGAGGAGGCAGUAGGAAAAGCUCCAUAAACAAAGUAGCACACAGUUAGUGUCAGCUUGCCUCUGUGAGCCCAAAAAGCCAGUCUCUGGUGUGUCUGUUUGGAAAUGGCUGUGAGCUACCAGCUGGAUAAAAGCCUCACCUGCAAGGAGGACAUUGAUUAUCCCUAAGGAGCACCUAUGCUAUUUGGCUGAGAAAAGCUGUCAGAAGGAUAUCAAGAUGGAAAUAACCUCUUGCCAUCAUGUCAGUCCUGAGUGCUUGGAGCUCUGGGUACAGAGAGGUUGCUGAAUGAGCCACCAGGCGGUGUGAGGGCUCUGUGUUAUUGCUCUUCCUACUCACAGUUCCUCAGAUCUUUGUGGCCCUACUCCUGGAGGGUGCUGGGUGUCACUGCUCUGUACAGAGGACAGUCUGCAGACACCUAGCCUUGUGAAGCAUCUCCUGCCUGGGGAGAUCUCUGGGUCUCUGCACCUCCUGGUUCUCACAACAACAGCGUCUGUGUGUGUUCAGGGCUGGCCACGUGGAGAGUUGUCAUCCUCAUCCUCCUCCUCCUCCAAGGGUCUCACUCAGCUGGAGAGGUGACUGUGGCUUGAUUGCCUGCUUCCACCAAAGGUCAUUUGCACGUAACUGAGACAAAAAGAGAAAGAUAUCAGCACCACAGCACACAUCCUCUGUUAAAGCAAGCAGCCCUUUUGUGCUUCUGACAUUAAAGCUAGCAUCCAUUUCAGCCCUGUGCUGCUCUCUAAGGCAGAAUGUCCUCUUCAUCCUCUUCAGCAUUGGAGAUGAAGAUCUUCCAGUACAUUGAUGCACAUGAAAGUGAUUUCAUCAAGGAUCUGAAGGAAUGGGUGGCUGUGGAAAGUGAUUCUGUUCAACCACAUCUGAGGAAAGAAGUGAUGCGAAUGAUGGCAUUGGCAGCAGACAGACUCGCAACACUGGGAGCUACUGUUAAUUUAGUAAACUUGGGGUCACAUCAGCUGCCUGAUGGCCAAGUCCUCCCACUGCCUUCUGUGAUUCUCGGAGAGCUGGGGAAGAAUCCCCAAAACCCCACUGUAUGUUUCUAUGGUCAUGUGGAUGUGCAGCCUGCCAAGAAGGAGGAUGGCUGGGACACUGACCCCUACACACUGACUGAAAUUGACGGAAACCUCUAUGGUCGUGGAGCAACAGACAAUAAGGGACCAGUCCUAGCUUGGAUAAAUGCAGUGGAAACAUUUAGAGCCUUGAAAUUAGCUAUGCCAGUGAACUUCAAGUUUGUAAUUGAAGGCAUGGAAGAAGCAGGAUCCUUGGGGCUAGAGAAGCUACUUGAGGAAGAAAACCAGAGCUUCUUCUCUGGUGUUGAUUAUAUUGUAAUUUCAGACAACCUGUGGCUCAGCAACAAGAAGCCAGCCCUUACCUAUGGCAGUCGGGGAAACGCCUGCUUCUUUGUGGAGGUUGAAUGUGGCAGCAAGGACCUUCACUCUGGAACUUUUGGGGGCAUCAUUCACGAGCCGUUGCUGGACCUGAUAGCCCUGCUGGACAGUCUUGUGGACUCCACAGGUUGUAUUCAGAUCCCUGGAAUCUAUGACAGUGUUGCUGCCCUGACAGAGGAGGAAAGGAAGUUAUAUGAAUCGAUUGAAUUUGAUCUAGAGGAACACAGAAAUAACUGUGGUGUGAAAAAAUUCCUCUAUGGCACCAAGGAAGAAAUACUUCUACACCUGUGGCGUUACCCCUCUCUCUCUAUUCAUGGGAUUGAAGGAGCUUUCCAUGAACCAGGCAUUAAAACAGUCAUUCCAGCAAAAGUAAUUGGCAAAUUCUCUAUCCGUCAGGUCCCCCACAUGGACCUUUCAGUUGUGAAAAAACAGGUGGUGGAACACCUGGAGGGUGUCUUUUCCAAGAGGAACAGUCCAAACAAACUGAAAGUGUCCAUGCCUUUGGGUGCAAAGCCCUGGCUUGCUGAUAUUAAUGAUCUACUAUAUAAAGCAGCAAAAAGGGCAAUAAAAACAGUUUUUGGAGAAGAUCCAGAUUUCAUCCGUGAUGGCUCAACAAUUCCUGUUGCCAGAAUGUUUCAGACUGUGACACAGAAAAGUGUGAUGAUGCUUCCGAUUGGAGCGGCCGAUGAUGGGGAGCAUUCCCAGAAUGAGAAAAUAAGCAGACACAACUAUAUUGAAGGAACCAAAUUGUUUGCAGCUUUUUUCCUGGAGAUAUCAAAGCUACAUCGGAACUUACAUGAAACUUCCCCCACAGAGACUAUCAACUGACAGACCAUAUCAAGAAAAUCAGCAAAGCACUUUCUUAAAUUUUUCUAUCUUAAAUAAAACAUAUAAAUCACAUAUUCA